UCUCACUUACUUUUUGAUAAUCAAGAGGUAGCAUUGGCGCUCGUAUCCUUUUUUAUAAAUCCAUGGGUGCUUGCAAUUUCUCUACUUUAUAUCCCCAGGUUUUCCCCCUGUCAGGAAUGUUACAGAUGGUGGGAGGUUUUCCUGUGAUCUCCACUUCUCCACCAUGUCGUUCCCGCCUGCAGAAUCUACACACUCUGUGAACCACCAAUAUGGCUCCGAUCCCCUGCUAAGAACAAGCCCCCCCGCGAUCUCUCAUACUUCACAGGACAGUGGCUCGCGCAGCUGUAUAACCUGUCGAAGGAGGAAGGUCCGCUGCAACAAAAAAUGCCCGUGUACCAAUUGCGUCAAGGCAGGCGUCGAGUGUAUUUUCCCCCCACCUGGGCGAGCGCCGCGCAAGUCGAAGCGACCCCAUGAUGCGGAGCUUCUGUCCCGUUUGAAACGCCUAGAGGGUGUCAUCGAGCACCUCAGUGAGAAGAAUGCGGCUUUGUCCACGGUGCCCUCUCCCCAGCAACAGCGCAGUGACUCCGCAACCACCUUGGAAUCCCCAGGAAGCGCCGAACCCCAAAUUCCCGAGCCCGAAGGGUGUCCGUUUGACCCGAAGCGAAAGCCGCGGAGCUUGGAUCAUGAGUUUGGGAGAUUGGUGAUUGAAGAGGGUCGGAGCCGAUAUGUCAGCAAUCGGCUGUGGGCAAGCUUGGGGGAUGAGAUUGAAGAGCUUCAGGACCUCUUAGACCCAUCCUCUUCCGAGGAUGAAGAUCAUCCGUCCCCAGCGUCUACUUCAACUCAUUCAACCAAUCACGAUGGGUUCAUGUUUGGGUUCUACUCGCUUGCGCACUCGCUUCGUAGCUUCCAUCCCCCUCCAUCGAAAGUUCCCUUACUAUGGGAAGUCUAUCUGGAAAAUGUGGCACCUUUAAUACCCAUCGUUCAUAACCCCACGGCCAAGCAGCUAUUCACGAGCGCCACCGAGCAUCCAGACUCGCUGGACAAAAACUCCGAAGCGUUGUUACUCUCAAUGUAUUUCGUAUCGAUAAUUAGCCUGACGCAGGAACAAUGCCUUUCUCUGCUGGGAGAAGAGCGCGACUCUGCUGUGACUCGCUACCGGUUUGCUGUCGAACAAGCACUGUCAAAAGCGAAUCUUUUAAAUACCCAAAGUCUGAUGCUUUUGCAAGCCGCUGUGAUUUUUCUGAUCGCGGUACGCCGGGAGGAUGAUACAAAGUUUGUUUGGUCUAUGACCUCUCUAAUCAUUCGUCUGGCCCAAGGGCUUGGACUACAUCGAGAUGGAACGAAUUUUGGCCUGAAGCCCUUUGAAACGGAAAUGCGACGGCGAUUGUGGUGGCACAUUGGACUGCUGGAUAUACGGUCAUCCGAGGAUCAUGGCACUGAAACCCAAAUCAAUGAAAGAAUGUACGAUACUCGGCUUCCACUGAAUAUCAAUGACGACGACAUCACCCCUGAGAUGCAGGAGCCGCCCCAAGAGAGGAGUACUUUUACGGAGAUGACUUUCAGCUUAAUGCGUUUUGAAAUCACUGUUGCUCUCCGCCGGGUGAGCCAUGCGUGUCCGAAUACUAAUAUUCCUGGGCCUCAACAGCCGUUCCCAGAAAAAUGUGGCAAUUUGAUCCAGAUCAUCAACAAACGCAUCGAGGAACGAUAUAUCCAACAUUGUGAUAUGAACGUCCCCAUACAAUGGGUUACUGCGACAGUCGCUCGUCUCAUUCUGUCAAAGUUGUGGCUGGUGGUCCAUCAUCCGAUGACACGGCCGUAUCAGGGCAUAAACUUGACAAAUUCUUCUCGCGAAAGCCUCUUCCUUACCUCAGUUGAGGUCGCUGAGUUCGCGUGCCUAUUGUCGGCCGAUAAGAACACACAGAAAUGGACCUGGAUGUUUGCAAUCAACAUGCAAUGGCAUGCAAUCGCCUUCGUCCUAGCCGAACUUUGCGUGCGUCCCAUAGAUCCUCUGACAGAGCGGGCUUGGGCUGCUGCGAGUGCACUAUAUGGGGGAUGGGUGCAGACAGCGAAACAUAGAAAAGGCAUGCUUUGGCGGCCACUCGCCCGGCUGAUGAAGCGAGCAGCCGAUCACCGAGCUAAGCAGCAGCAACAGAUGCAAUCUAACCCCAGCACAGUCACCUCGAGUGCUACAUCUCGCAGUAUUCCCGAAGGGCCGAAGAUCAUGGAUCCCCCGGUUUUGCCGCGAAUCCCGGGCUUUCAGGCUUCGUCGAGAACCACACCGAAUGCUACAUGGAAUAAUCCAUCAUUGGGUGACAUCGAUCUCAGAAAAGGACCCAUGGAGGUAAUGAGUGAGCUGUUCCCUGAUGUGGACUGGCUCGCUAUUUCGACGCCCGGACCUGUUGGUCAACAGCCGGCUACCCAUCCAGGGCCAGCUAUUCCUAUCCCCGAAGGGCCUACUCUACCGGCUGAGUUCCCACAAGAUUCGUCCAACUUGCAGCUCAACUGGGAAGAGUGGGACCAAGUAAUGCGUGACUUCCAAAUGGACAUGCAAGACGUGCAGCCCGCCAACCCUAUGGCCAACAUUUCAAACAAUGUUUCUGGUUGGUUUGCCUGAUCAUCUCAGCGUUUUAUGACGUCUGUUUCCUGCCGCUCGGUGUUUGUCCUCUUGCCGACUUAUCUGUGACCCUGGAGGUCGCUUUCUUUACUUUUCCUUUCAAGCGCGAAUUGGCAAACAAGUCAAUAGCUUCUGCAUUAUAAUCCCCGGUUGCGAUCAUUAUCCUCUCAACUCACUUCUGUAAUGUGAAUGCCUCUCACCUCUUGUUUUUCUCUCACGUCAUGACAAAAACUCUCCAUUCUUAAUGAUAUACGAUCUACGAUGUAUGGCUGCCUGGUGCCUUCUCACCGGUUGGACUGGGGUUUCAUGGAGUUUUACAGCUCUAUAAAACGGUGGCUUGCAGUCUUAUUAUUCCCAUGUAUUAUAAUGCAAUGUAUUAGUAUACCUCUUCGACACAUACGGAGCAUGAAAAUCGAUAUUUAUACUUUCCGAAGACAAAUCUCUUCCGGGCCUCGAAAAUGUUGUAUUCGAAAUACUAAAACGAAAGAAACAACAUCCAUCAUCCCGAGAUGUAUACCGUGUAAUACGACGCGUCUC